AUGAUUGAUCCGUUCCAUUAUCCAUCCCCAUCUCCGAAGCUUCCAAGUUCCACCUCACUCCCGGUUUCCCACUCUUCCCUCCUAUUCCUACAAAAGACUGAAAACAAACUUGCAGGCACUGGCACACUCGGGUUCUGCAGAAGAACGAUGGGAGAUGCAUUGUUGGAACUUGAGCAAGUUCUCAGAUCAAGCAAGCAUAAAUUAACAGACGAAGAAGUGAAUGUUCUUCGAGUAUGCAGGGGGAAGGCAUCUAGAGAUUUUACCAUAACAGCUUGCAUUUCAUCUGGGGUUGUAUGGACAGUGACUCAGAGGUUGCGCUAUGCAUUACGCAUCAACCUUUCAGCAGGAGCUGCUAUUCUGUCUGGACUUUGGAGAUUUGAUAGGUCCCUUGAUUCAUGCUUAGAUCAUAUUCUUGCUCUGCAGGGAAGUAGGAUGCAGAAGGAGUUAGCAAACAUAAUAUUGACAAAGUAUCAAGAUAAUCCUUGGAGAAUGCAGCUUAUCAACAAGCAUUUCUUCCCAGAGAAAGUUUUUGAUGACUCAGAUGUAGAUAAGCCUAUAUCAAGGUGGCGUCAUCGCAAUUUCUUUGGUGAUAAUGUUGCUAAUAAUCAGAGGGCACAUUAUACUGAGACACACAGUGACAGAACUGAUUUUGAGCCCAAGCAAUUUACUGUAAACUCUGCUAUGGAUGUGAUUGCGGAUCCUCUUGAUUAUGUUUUUGGGCAUUCAGAAGCAGGUGAAGAGAUUCACCAUCCUGAUACUACUGGUGAUUUGCCUAGAAGACACAUACACGGUCACAAGAGAGCUCAUCGACGGCAUCGCUUGCACCAGCCAAAGGAAUCUUCUGUCUCUCAACGAACACAAGAACAAGUAGAGUGCUAGUUAAAAGUAAGCAACAGAAAUGCAAAAGAAAAAAAAAGCAAAAAUAAUGCAUUAUUUUCUGAUGGUUUGACCGUUCCUUGGUAAUUAUUGCAUUUAUAGCUAGUUUGGCCUUUUUGCUCUUAUACCUUAACAUCUAUGGAAAAGUCUGGAAACAGCUGCAGGUGCAAGAUUAACUCUUCAUCUAAUGUCAACUCUUUUUACUUUCAAUUCUCUGGACUGCCUUUUCCACACAAGUGAUCUGAAACUCACUCAAGCAGCUUUACGUGUUGUAGCAUGGAUUGGUAGACUGAUUAAUGAAUGAUCAAUUGCAAAGCGUCCUUCAUCUCGUAGGUUUGGAUGGGUCCUACAUCUCUCUACAUGAUAGAAAUAUAUGCUGUGCAGAGAAUCCUACGUAACUCAUUCUUUUCUCUAAAGGAUUUGUUUAUCAUAACCAAGGUAGAGAGUAUUAAUAUUGGCAGAGUAUUGAAAUUCAUUUCUGUAUUUAUUGAGAUAUAC